GAUGUCGAUCGGAUCAGUCCCUCCACUCGCCAUUUUAAAGUAGCUUUGACGUCAUUAAUAAAACCAAAUCCAGAGUUUCUCUUCCCCUUCCUCUUCUUCUACUACUACUUCGACUUGGACUUCCAUUCCCACUCUCACUACCACUAAUCCCCAAUUGAAUCAUCCAAACCCCUCUGCUUCUUCCCACUUCUCUCUCUUUCUCUCUCUGUUUCACUCUUUGUGUGAGAAUGAUAGCCUUCCUAGAGAGAUUCGUCCCUGAGAAUGAAACUGAAGCAAACCCAGAACAUGAAGAAUCAACUAACAUAAGCUUAUGCCUAAGCCUCGACCUACAAGGCAGUCUUGAUUUCACUUCCACCACCGCCGCCGCCGGGAAGGAUUUCGGUGGUCUUUACCACACCAAACCACUUGCAGUGAUUAGGCCGGCUGUCCCAGAAGAUGUGGUUAGGGUGGUUAAAGCUGCUUCUCUUUCUUCUAACCUUACGGUCGCUGCUAGGGGUAAUGGUCACUCCAUAAAUGGCCAAGCCAUGACUGACAGAGGUCUCGUGAUAGACAUGAGAGCCAUGGAUGAUCUAAUCGAUGUGGUUACCUUCAAUGGCUCUGUUUACGUCGACGUCGGUGGAGGGGUAUUGUGGGAAGAUGUACUCAGACACUGUGUCCUUGGUUUCGGCCUUUCUCCUCGUUCUUGGACCGAUUAUCUCGGGUUAACCGUCGGUGGGACCUUGUCUAACGCGGGCAUAAGCGGUCAAGCUUUCCGGUAUGGUCCUCAGACUUCGAACGUGUCGGAGUUGGAGGUGGUGACCGGAAAGGGAGAAACCAUGGUUUGCUCUGAGACCCAGAACUCAGAACUCUUCUUUGGUGUUCUUGGUGGUCUGGGUCAGUUCGGUAUAAUCACCAGAGCUCGGGUUUUGCUGCAGAAAGCUCCGGACAUGGUUAGGUGGAUAAGAUUAGUAUACGCCGAGUUUACCGAGUUCGCAAAGGAUGCCGAGUGGCUUGUGAGUCAGGAAGGGAAAGGUGAAUCGUUCGAUUACGUGGAAGGAUUCGCUUUCGUCAACAGUGAUGACCCGGUUAACGGAUGGCCGUUGGUUCCAUUGCAUCCGGGCCAACGGUUUGACCCGAGCCGCUUACCAUCAACAGCUGGACCUGUUCUUUACUGCCUUGAGCUAGCCUUGCACCGCAGUUGUCAUGACCAGUCCACCUCUCUGGAUAAGAUGCUACGACAGUUGCGUUACUGUAGGAAUCUGAGGUUCGAGGUGAGCGUUGGCUACAUGGAGUUUCUAUUACGUGUGAAGCAGGCGGAGCAAGCUGCCAUGGCUAGCGGCAUCUGGGACAAUCCACACCCUUGGUUAAACCUCCUCGUUUCAAAGCGAGACAUCGUUGAUUUCGAUCGUGCUGUCUUCAAGAACAUCCUCAGGCACGGCAUCGGUGGGCCCAUGCUCGUCUAUCCUCUACGUAGAAGCAAGUGGGAUAAUAGGACGUCAGUGGUUUUGCCAGAAGGACGGGGAGAGGAGAUAUUCUAUUUAGUAGCAUUACUAAGGUUCAAUCCUAGAGGUGGAGCAGCAGCAGUGGAAGAACAAGUAGGACAGAACGAGGAGAUAGUGAGGUGGUGCAGAGACAAGGACUUGGAUUACAAGCAAUACCUCCCUCAUUACCAAACCCAGGAGCAAUGGAAGCGACACUUUGGGAAGAAAUGGACCCGGUUCGUCGAGAGGAAGGCCCGUUUCGAUCCUCUAGCACUACUUUCUCCUGGCCAAUCCAUUUUCUCCCGAUCCACCAGAUCACUAGGGUAAUAGAAUGGCAUCUGGGGUUAUUUUAGUAAUUAUAAUUAUUUUCUCUCCCCCCAACAAAUGUAUUUACAAGAAGACCCCCUAGAUACAUUGCUCUGCUUAUAUAGUAUCAAGAAAAGAAAAAGAGGGAAAAGAAAAGUAUGGAAAAGAGAAUUGGAAAUGCAUUUGUUGUUUUUGAUGCAAGGAAUUGUUAAGUUAAAAUUAUUCUUUACUCAA